GGGAGGAGGAUGUAGGUGACGGAGGCUCCGCCCUGCUCGGGGCCGGUCUCCCGGGCGGAGGAGCCUGCGUUCGGCAUUGUGACGCUGGCGGGGCUGGAACACCUGGGGCGGCGGCGGCAGCUCAGCAGGCCCCGGCGCGGGCUGUGGGGGGCGCCCCGGCGAAGAGCCCUCUGCGUCCAGCACGGGGCGGCUGCGCCCUCCGCAUCCCCGGACAAGGUUUAGUCUGACUGUAAGACAGGGUCCCUUCAAUGAGCAUGUGAGCAACAUGUUAUUUAACUCAUUGAUAUACUGACAUAGUUCUAAGUGUCUGAAGAAAAUAAAGAAACAUGGAUGGCCAUAAGUACAGUUAUUCAAGGGAAUUUUAUGACCAGUAUGCUCAAAGCCAGGAAAAAUCCGUGGUCAAUAAAAUGCAGCAGAAAUAUUGGAAAACAAAACAAACCCUUAUUAAAGUCACAGGAAAGAAGGAAGAUGAGCAUGUUGUGGCUUCAGAUGCAGACCUGGAUGCAAAACUAGAGCUGUUCCACUCGAUUCAGAGAACAUGUAUGGAGUUGCUUAAAGCAAUUGAACUCUAUCAAAAAAGAAUUUGUUUUUUGUCUCAGGAAGAAAAUGAAUUGGGGAAAUUUCUUCGAUCACAGGGUUCUCAGGAUAAAACCAGAGCAGGAAAAAUGAUGCAGGCCACAGGAAAGGCGCUCUGCUUUUCUUCUCAGCAAAGGUUGGCAUUACGUACUCCUUUGUGCAGACUAUACCAAGAAGUGGAGACUUUUAGAUAUAGGGCUAUAUCAGAUACAUGGCUGACUGUAAACCGAAUGGAACAGUAUCGGACUGAAUACCGAGGAGCACUACUUUGGAUGAAAGAUGUCUCUCAAGAGCUGGAUCCGGAUCUUUACAAGCAGAUGGAGAAGUUUAGGAAGGUUCAAGCACAAGUACGUCACGCAAAGCUAAAUUUUGACAAACUGAAGACUGAUGUGUGUCAGAAAGUGGAUCUUCUUGGAGCGAGUAGAUGUAACCUCCUGUCUCAUGUUCUAACAACAUAUCAGACAACGCUGCUUCAUUUUUGGGAAAAAACCUCACACACCAUGGCAGCUAUCCAUGAAAGUUUCAAAGGUUAUCAGCCAUAUGAAUUCACUAUGUUAAAGAGCUUACAAGAUCCUGUAAAUAAAUUAAGUGAGAGAGCUGAAAAGGAGGAGGAUUUGCAGACUGCAAGCACCAAAUCAGUGGAGGAUCAGCAGAGUCAGUUGAUUUCACUAGAUGAGGAGAACCACAGCAAGGAACCGACCUAUUCAGCUGAAGAUGGAAAGGACAUCCUUUCUACCUUAGGAGGAAGCUUUGACUAUAAAGAGAAUUCUGGUGCCAUAGAUGAUUUAUUAGACCUGAAACCUGAAGAAAAUGCUUUGAAAGACCAUCUUGCAAACUCCCUGGAGCCUGAGUCUGGUGAUAAGGAUGAUAUGGUAUUGUUGAAUGAGAUCCUCAAUGCUUCCUCGUUGGAUGAGGGGGAAUUCAGCAAAGAGUGGACAGCUGUAUUUGGAGAAGACCCGCUCACUGACCUCUCCACUACCUCUUCAGCCGGAGAAAUGGAGAGCACUCCAUCAUCAGUGCCAGCACCAUCAGGCUUUCUUCCCUCACAGCUCUUAGACCAAAACAUGAACGAUUUACAGUCCUCUCUACAUGGCUGGGCAGCUAACAGUGUUAGCCAUCCAUCUAUACCACAGCCAGCACAGAAAUCAAACAGCCUGAAUGUGAAUACCAACAAGAUGCCUGCGAAAGAACCUGCAAAGAAUCCUAAAGACCUGACUGCUUGGUUCAAUCUUUUUGCUGACCUUGACCCGUUAUCCAAUCCUGAUGCUGUUGGGAAAACAGAUAAAGAACAUGAAUUGCUCAAUGCAUGAGUCUGCGGCCUAUGGUAACUCACACUGCUCCGUUCAUUAACACUAUCUUUGGGUUUAGAAGACUACAACAAAAUGAGUAUGCUGUUGUGAAACUAUAAAGUAUGUGCCAUUAUAAUAAAACUAAAGGGAUUUAACCCCCUUUUCUAUAGGUACAA